AACAUAGCCUGCAGUUUAAACUUAAAGCAGAAACCCGUUGAGUAGCUUGACCUGUCUCUUCUUUUCGAAAGGUUGAAACCAUCGCUUUUUGGAGAGAAAAAGAAAGAAAGUAGUAUAUGCAGUAAAGGAAAUAAAAAAAGUCAUUGACGUGCCUGUCUUAACAGAAGUUUGUCAAACCCAAGGGAUUCGGCUUUCCGGAUAGGAUUCAGAACAUCAUUCCACCAGCAAAUAACAGUGAACGAAAACGUUGUGAGGUUUGUGUCCUAAGGAAGCUGCAAGCCAUGAGUGACAAACAACAGGGUCUGGUGCCACUGGCUCCAGAACAGGCUGCUAUUCUGGCAAAGUGUGGAAAAGCCUUUUGUAAUGCUGUUAAUGUCAAAUUUAAUUGCACGGCUAUUCUCUGCAAUUUGGAAGAGGCUGGCUCCCUUGGUAGUAGCACAAGUGGUGUUUUAAGUCCUGAGAAGAGGUACUCCACAAUGCUGUCCGGCGGAGUCGAAGUAUCAGUCUGGAAAGACGAUCUUACACGUCAUAAAGUGGACGCUGUGGUCAAUGCAGCCAAUGAGAAGCUAAAACAUGGAGGUGGUCUUGCACAAGCCCUGAGUAAGGCUGGGGGCCCAAAGAUCCAGAAAUGGAGUGAUGAUAUUAUACAAAAAAGAGGAAAAGUGAAAGUUGGUGAGGCUGUGCUCACUCCUGCUGGAGAUCUUCCGUGUAAAUGUGUCAUACAUGCUGUUGGUCCCUGCCUGUCUCCAAACCCAUCCAAGCGGGAGAUUGAACAAGCUGCGCCAUUGUUAUAUAAUGCUAUCAAUAGUAUCCUUGAAAUCGUUGUAAAGAACAACAUUUCCUCUGUUGCAAUUCCUGCUUUGAGUUCUGGUCUUUUCCAUUUUCCAAGAAAUCUGUGUGCAGACAUUAUUGUAAAGAAUAUAAAACAGUUCCAUGAAUAUAAAAUGUUUCAAGGCAACAUAGAAAUCCAUCUUGUCAAUAAUGAUGAACCCUCGGUCCAAGAAAUGGAGAGAGCAGCUAAGGCGAUUUUUGGGCAGUCCAGUGUCUCUGGCACAUACAGUGGAGCUGUUCAGGGCAGCAUGGCUUUCUCUUCCAGCAGCAGGUUUCAAUUAGGGAAUGUAAUGCUGCAACUUAAAAAAGGGGCUAUUGAAGAUGAAAAGGUUAAUGUAAUUGUGAAUACAAUUGCAGCAGAUCGUAAUUUGUCCAUGGGGCUGAUUUCAAAAGCAAUUUUGAACAAAGCUGGCAACAAGAUUCAAGAUGAGAUUCACAAAAGACAAUUCUCUAUUUCCACAAAUAUCUAUGUGACAAAAGGAUAUAAUCUGAAUUGUUCAGCGGUUUAUCAUACUGUGUGCGCAGUUAGGUCUGAUGUCAGGGCCUCAGAGACUCUUUACACAGUGGUCUUGGAAUGUUUGAGGAAAGCUGCAAAUGGAUACAAGUCCAUCUCCUUCCCAGCUAUUGGUACUGGUAAUCUUGGCUUUCAGAAAUGGGAGGUUGCAAGAAUCAUGACAGAUGCUGUAGCAGAAUUUGGCAAAGAUAACAAGACAAAACUGGAUGUGAACUUUGUUGUGUUUCCAAAGGACAAGGAAAUGAUGGAGGCUUUUGAAAACGAGAUGAAAAUGAGGAAGGGAGCUGCAAAGUCCCCAAAAGUACACAUGACAAGCUUUGCUUUUGCAGCCAAAGAAACCACAGCAAAUGAAACGCCAACUGUUGAGUUCGACAGUGUUUCCAGUGAAGCUCUGAGAGAAGCAAAAGAGUGGACAUAUAAUAUGCUAAAGCCAUCAAAAAUUAGAACCAUAAAGAAUAACCAUGUCAUAUAUUUUGGACAAGACGACCACGAACAUCUUCUCUCUCUCCAAACAAUGUUGGAUGUUCGCAUUGAGGAGUUCUUCAGGAAUGGUAAUGGUGGCAUAACCAUCACUGGAAACCCUUCAGAUGUCAGCUGUGUGGCAAUUGAGGUGGAGAACAUGCUUUGUAAAGCCCAGGAGGACUUCACCCGAGCUGAAGAACAUGACAUGCUGUAUUCUGUUGUUCGCUGGAGCUGUAAAGAUGUCCCUUGGAUACAAACACCUGAAAUCAGUGCAGCUUUGGAGAAAGCUUAUCUGGCAGGAAAUAAAAACUAUGAGUUCAAAAACCACAGCGUCAACUUAAUGACCAAGACUUUGGUUGAUGACUUUGGGAAAAGAAGCAAUGUGGAAAGGACAUGCCUGAUUGCUCCUUUCAAAUCUCUUGACAAUUCAUUUUAUACAAGAACACCUCUGACCAGGCAUGAUUAUGCUGGGAAAGAAGCAAAAAAGGCCAUCGAUGCUUGUGGGCUCCAUACUGUAAAAAUGGAGCAGCUAGAGAACAUCGCGCUGAAGCAGCUGUUUGAAAAGAAUUCGCAGAGACUGAAAGACAAACCGAAGCGCCUCUACCAGCGUGUGUCUGCUCAGUUCUGUGAUCUCAUCUGCAGAGUAGGCUUUCAGAAAGAGUUCGCACCUCCUGCAGUGCAAAGGUAUGGCAGUGGAAUAUACUUCAGCAGUACAGUCGAUGGAGCAAUGAAGCUGUGGAAGGAGCAGGAACAUGAGCAGUACAUCUACAUCAUUCAAGCUCAGGUCCUCAUUGGGAAAUCCACGAUUGGUUCUGCAGAUUUCAUCUUGCCCCCACCCUUAAGUGGGGACCCUUUGGAUCGUUUUGAUAGCUUGUCUGACAAGGUGCAGACCUAUGUCAUCUUCAGCAGUCAGCAAGCUCUUCCUGAAUGCCUGAUCAUCUGUGCCAAAUCAACCCAUGUGUAGCUGCACAGAGCAAUAUGCAAAAACAAAGAACAUAAAAAAUAAUUUUGUGGCUUAAUACUGUAUGUAGAUUUCACAACACUAAUUUAACCAAACUUUUUAAAAAGCCAUCAGACAGUAAAUACUGUGCAAAAAUAAAAAUAAGGAAUAAUAAAUCAAUUUGUUGUAAUAAUUAGUCUAAAUCACUUUUUUUGGUGAUGUACCAAACCUUAAUGUAACCUGCUUUGACUAGGACUGCUCCUUUCUUUCUUUCUUUCUUUCUUUCAGAUUGUUCCUCACAGGUCUUGCCUUAAUUAUUGUACUGUCUGUACUCUUAACAUAGUUACAUGAAAUUAUUAAGCUUUUAAUAUAAAGGCAUUUAUGAACAUUUGUGUUAGAUGAAAAUAGUACUUUUUUUUUUUUUUUUAAAGCUGUUUAUGUUAACAUGUUUCAGUUGCUCACAACAGAAUGCAAUUGAGGAUAAAUGGGUUUUCUAGUAAGUUUGUACUUAAUACUAUGUUUUAAUUCAUUCAUUAAUUAAUGCAAUAAAAAAUAACUAUGUUUAUUUUAUUAGUAA